AUGGGGAACCCGCAGGAAGAAGCGGUGGCUGAAAAGGAUUUAGGGAACGCCGCAUACAAGCAGAAAAACUUUGAAGAAGCUCACAAACACUAUGAUAAAGCAAUUGAACUUGACCCUUCUAACAUUACUUUCUAUACCAAUAAAGCAGCGGCGUUUUUCGAGGAACUCAAAUAUAAAGACUGUGUAGAGAUAUGUAAGAAAGCGGUGGAAAUUGGACGUGAGCAACGUGCCGACUUCAAGUUGAUUGCCAAAGCGAUGGCUCGUGCUGGCAAUGCAUACUCUAAGAUGGAAGACUCAAAAGAGGCUUUGAACUGGUACGAGAGGUCUAUUUCUGAGUUCCGAGAUCCUGAGGUCGUUAAGAAAGCUAGAGAAUUGGAGAAGGAAAUAAAGGAAAAAGAACGUUUGGCGUAUAUUAACCCUGAGUUAGCUCAACAGGAAAAGAACUUAGGAAAUGAUUUAUUUAAGAAAGGUGAUUACCCUGGUGCUAUGAAACACUAUAACGAAGCAGUUAAGCGAGAUCCGGAGAAUGCAAUACUCUACUCAAACCGUGCCGCCUGCUACACGAAACUCAUGGACUUCCAGAGAGCACUUGAUGAUUGUGAACACUGCAUUAAACGAGACCCUAAAUUUAUCAAAGGAUACAUCCGUAAAGGUGCUGUACUCACGGCAAUGCGUGAAUGGACAAAGGCAAAGAAAGCAUACGAGGACGCACUUGUAAUAGACCCUUCCAACGCUGAAGCCAUCGAAGGACUUCGUAACUGCUUCCGUAGCAACGAUGAAGACCCAGAAAAGGCUCGUGAGCGAGCUUUGGAAGAUCCUGAGGUCCAAGCUAUUUUACGUGAUCCUGGAAUGCGGUUGUUGCUUGAGCAAAUGAGUCAGGACCCCGGAGCAGUGAGAGAACACCUUCAGAAUCCCGACAUUGCCGCGAAGCUGCUUAAAUUGCGUGAUGCUGGCAUUAUCCAAAUGAGGUAA